AUGCACCCAAAACAAUCGAUUAUGGGGAACGCUUGGAACAACAAUCACCCGCCACCGGACGAAGACGCUCCGCAUGACGGAAAUGACGCCGAGGGCAAUGGAGAUCCCCUACAAGCGGGGGCUAUCCCCGAGGCCAACGGAGAAGGCUUCCAACCUGGAGAGUUUAUGGAGAACAGUUUGAACGAAAGAAUCGCGCCACCGGAUGAUCUUAUGAACCCAUCAUCGAACGGAGACGCUCCGCAAGACAGAAAUGACGCCGAGGGAAAUGAAGAUCCUGCACACGCGGGGGCUAUUCCUGAGGCCAACGGAGAAGAAAGGGUAGUCUACAUUUACUGGCCCGAUAUGUUGGACACCGGCGAUUAUUUCUAUGUAGAGCAACCGCCCGGAACUACAAGAUCCAGCCCAGUUACAAUACCCCCUCCUAAGAACAUUCCACUGGCAGUGAACAAUCCGCAACUUUUACUGUUGAACAAAUCCUUAGAAGACCUUGCGGUAACAAAGGAGAUGUUGCAUCUACUUUCGCUGAUGCUGCACUCAAGGCUAUGCCUCAGCCGUCAGUGGGGGCCCGUGCCGGAAGAAUGCCCUCUGUCUAACUGCGAAUACAUGCGGUCGAUCUUGACACAUUUAGAAAAUUGUGAUGAUUGGAGUUGUAGGACACCGGACUGCAAGUACACUUAUGUGAUCUUGGACCAUUGGGACAAUUGCCCAACCAAAGCGGAAUGCGCGCUAUGCGGUACAUAUAUCCGAGGCAUUACGCCAAACUAUUUACAAUCGAUUAUGGAUUACGAUUCGGACGAAAGUGACGCGACGUCCUACUUUCGGGAAUCUCGUCUCCGUUGGGCGAGUGUGGGAGACAAUGGGGAUGCCCCACAAGUAGGGGAUCCCCCACAAGUAGAGGAUGGCCUCGAGGCCCUCGGCGCAGACAUCCAACCGCCAAGGGUGGUCUACAUUUUAUGGCCCGGUAUAGCAGACGGCGACGAUUAUUUCCUUGUAGAGCAUCCGCCCGGACUUACAAAAUCCUUCCGAGUCAAAAUACCCCCUCCUAAGAAUAUUCCGCUGGCAGUGAACAAUCCGCGACUUUUGCUGUUCAACAAAUCCUUAGAAGACCUGGCGGUAACAAAGGAUAUGUUGCAUCUACUUUCGCUGAUGCUGCACGCAAGGAUAUGCCUCAACCGUCAGUGGGUGCCCGUGCGGGAUGAUUGCCCUCUGCCUAACUGCGAACACAUGCGGUCAAUCUUGACACAUAUUGAGAAUUGUAACAAUUGGAGUUGUAGGGAACCAGAUUGCAAGUACACUUUCGUGAUCUUGAAUCAUUGGGACCAUUGCCCAAGGAAAGUGGAAUGCCCGCUAUGCGGUACAUUUAUCCGAGGCGUUGCGCCAGAAUUACUG